AUCUAGACCGAGUGAAUUUUCAAAUGUGUAUAACUAAGUCUUCUUAAAAGUGAUAAACUUUGAAUAUUUCAAAAAUUACAUCGACCACUUGAUUCAUCCAGAGUCAUAUUUAUUUACAGAUAUUUUCAUUAGCUUUAUUAAUCGUAGCUUUGUUUCAGCAAUCUUUCCCAAUGAGACACAAAGAAAUCCAUUUCAUCAACAUGCCGCAAGCAUUAAAAUACGUCUACGAUUUCGCAAAAAACAACAUGAGCCAGAAGAUCAAAGAAAGAAUUAUGAACCACGACUCCAAACUGGAUUUAGUACAAAAAAUCAACCAAAGAUCAUUACCGGCAGAAUUUGGAGGCGACAUUUCGUCCAAAGAUAUGAUAUGCUGGUGGAAACAAGAAGUCGACUCAAAAAAGAAAAGACUCAUGGCCAUGGACGACAUGAAUCUUCUGAGCGACAGAGGCAUCAUUCGAUCAAAGAAUUCGUCUAAGAGCAAUCCAGAAAAUAUAAUCGGUAGUUUCAGAAAAUUAGAAGUAGAUUAACUGAAACAUGUGCUGCUUGCCCAAACUUGGCUUAAUUUUA